GUCCUUCUUGAGCCUGAAGUAGAGUCCGUGCCGCUGUUGUGCUCGUGUUUAAUCCAGAACCUGAGCCAGGCAUGGGGCUAGAGGACGAGGAAAAGAUGCUGACCGGAUCCGGAGAUCCAAAGGAGGAGGAAGAGGAGGAGGAGGAAUUAGUGAUAGGACUGAGGCUUUCAGUGCAUACUGGCAACCUUGGAAGGCAGGAAUGUGAAACUUUUCCCUACUACUUAGCAUCAGAAUUGAAUGGGAGACCCCAUUCUGCCAUUUCUGGCGGCAGUGUGGCUCUGCCAGCUGGCUUUCUGCACGGAUCCCCUGACAACAGUGAGAGAGCAAUGCGAGCAGCUGGAGAAAUGUGUAAAGGCCCGGGAGCGGCUGGAGCUCUGUGAUGAGCGUGUAUCCUCCCGGUCACAGACAGAGGAGGAUUGCACGGAGGAGCUCUUUGACUUCUUGCAUGCAAGGGACCACUGUGUGGCCCACAAACUGUUUAACAGCUUGAAGUAAAUGUGCAGACUCAUUCACUCCAGCCUUUAUCACCUGAACAUCAGGAUAUUUACUUAUGGUUUUGAACAUACCAUUUGUUUCUAAUUUGUGUGUAGUUAUAAGUUCAUGUGAACCUUAUGGAUUUUGUCUUGGCAAGUAGCUUCUUCUAUGUAAUCAGCAGUAAUUCUAUCUUAAUAAAGUCCAGUGAUCUUCA